GCGGCGGCGUGGGCGGCGUGGGCGCCGGGGAGGCCCGGGGCGGGGGCGCGCGCUCUCCCGGGCUGCAGUGGGCUUGGCGGCCCUGCGGGUGCCAGGAUGAGCGGGCGACUGGCCGCCUUAUCUUCGGGUGCAGCGCGGCUGCAUUCGCGUUACACGGUUCAAAGAGCGGCCUAGGGAGGGCGACAAACAAGUGCCAAGCCAGACCCGAACGAACGCAGAAUUUUGUGGGCUUUAGUUAUCUCGGAAAACUUUACGCAGGAUUUGAGCAGAAAGCGUCAGCGGAAUAGCUCGGAUUUGGUUGGAGUGAAUUUUUUUAAAACUCCAAAUCUGAUUUGAAUGUAAAAAGAGAUUCAGGUUUAUGAGUGGGUGGUGAAAAACAAUUCCUAUUUUGUCCGUGGCAGUGGUUAUGAAAGUGUGGUCCCCAGAUUAACGUCAUCAUCCUCAUCUGGGGAGUUGUUAGACGUGCACAUUCUCAAGUUUAAGAGCCCCCGCUCCAGCAAACUAAACGGGCUAAAUUGCAAACUCCUGCCUUUUGUGCCGUGUAUCUUCUAGGUUAAUAAAGAAUUUGACAAGUUAGUCUUGUCUUUCUCAUACAGGUGUAAUUCAUCGAAAUCAGAUAUUUUUUCUGUUUUGAUUUCCGCUCAGCUGGGACUUUCCUUGGAGAUCUCAGUCUUUCUUGGUAGCUCUCCACUCAGUUUACUUGUUUUCCUAAUCUGUAAAAUGAGGAUAACCCGUACUACUUCCAAGAGUUUUUUGGUGAAUUAAAUGAAUGAAUGUAUGUAACAGUGUUUGGCACAUAGAAAUCAAAAACUAUUUUAUAUAUAUAUAUACACACACACAUACACACACACAGAAAUCAAACACUGUAUAUAUACAUACACACACACACACACAUACAUACACGCACUAUAAGUUUGAUAUUAGUGUCAAAGCCUGAAGCAGAUGAGAAAGGUGAUGAAAAAGUAAGAACUAGAGGAGAGAUCUUAUUAGUAACUGCCAGGUAGUAGAAUCACGGGUGCCCCCGUUAAACUAAACCCACACAGGAUGGUUACUUUUCCUAAAAACUUUGCUGCUCAGAGUGUGGUCUGUGGGCCAACAUCUCUGCCAUCAUCAGGACCUGUUGGAAAUGCAGAAUCUCAGGCCCACAGCGGACUUACUCAGUCAGAAGCUGUUUUUAACAAGAUCCCCAGCAGGUUUAGAUGCAGUUUUGUUUGGAGAAAGUGUGAGAUCAGCUGUAAGAUUUCUCAGCGAGUUCCAGCCUUUAGUCAGUGAUCAAGGGGAUUUGGCAGGAGGACUUGAAUUUGAAGCUGGUUCCACUUCUGCCUCACCUCCUGGUCAUCUAUCAUUUCUUCAGUUCCUAGUUCUGGAUAAGUUCUGCAUCUGCUGAUCAUUAUUGGAGAUAGUAACGUAGCCUAAUAACAUGACUUUGUGGGAGUAUUGUUAAAACCGCUGCUUGGAAAGUUUUUGAUUCAUCUCCCUUUGUAGAAUGCUCCCUAUAUUGCAUCCCAACUUCCUGACACACAGUGACACUUCUGGCUUUCCAGUGGACCCUUUCACUGUUGUCUUGAUACUGUGUAGUAAGGUGAACUCUGUCAGCUUCUCUUCUUUUUGCUUUAGGACCUUUCUUUCCAUCCCUUCUUACUCAUUUCUGUUUUGAAGGAGUGUAAAAUCUUGUUGCCUCUGAAAAGCCUUUUCUAUAGCCUUGAUUUCAUACGCUGCCGUCUUCUCGGAGCCUCUGCUCAGUUCAGAAACUCCCUUUAUCACCUUAGUUCUUCCCUGCUUAGAAUUAGGCUUCUCCCUGUCAAUGGACUAAGCAAUCCAGUGGUUUUGUUCUGUUUUUUUUUUCCCCAGACUUAAUUUUUUUCAGCUUCUCUCUGAAGUAUUUUAUAUAGUUGACUAAUGCCUCUUUCAAAUUAAGCAUCUCUUGGUUUCUACAAAGCUUGGGUUCUGCUGUCAUUUGUCUUUUUUUUUUUUUUUAAGAUUUUAUUUAUUUAUUUGACAGAGACAGCCAGUGAGAGAGGGAACACAAGCAGGGGGAGUGGGAGAGGAAGAAGCAGGCUCAUAGUGGAGGAGCCUGAUGUGGGGCUUGAUCCCAUAACGCCAGGAUCACGCCCUGAGCUGAAGGCAGAUGCUUAACGACUGCACCACCCAGACGCCCCUGCUGUCAUUUGUCUUACCUGCCUUCUCUUGUGUUUGGGUCUUCUCAAGGUUUUAUUCCUUAGAUGACCCACUAUUAAGUCAUUCAGUAUUUCUGUCUCUAGAGCACACACAGGGAUCCGAGGAUACAUUUCCCACCGUUAUUGUUACUUAGUAUUUUGGUUUUACAUUUUUUAAACAAAAAGUUGUGGGGGUUUUGGUUUUUUGUUUUUUUUUUUCAGUAUCAGUAGUUGACUUCAUUUGUCAAGAUAUUUGACCAGUUCCUUUGCUCAUCAUUGUUUGUUUUAUUCACACCUUAUUGAGGUUAAACUUCUUUAAUAUGUCAAGAGUCUAUGGGUUGGAGACUUUCUUAUUUCUUACUCUUUUUAUGUCUGAAGAAAUCUGUAUUAGUUUGCUAUGGCUGCCAUAAGGAAAUACCACAGAUGAAUGUCUUAAAUAACAGAAAUUUAUUUUUUCUGGAGGGAAAAGAUUCUAGAGGCUGGAAAUCCAAGAUCAAGGUGUCAGCAGGGUUGGUUUAUUCUGAGGCCUCUCUCAGCUUGUGGGUGGCCGCCUUCUCCCUGUGUCUUCACAUCAUCUUUCCUCUGACCUGUGUCCAAAUUUCUUCUUAUAAGGACAGCAGUCAUAUUGGAUUAGGGCCCAUGCUAAUGACCUCAUUAUAACUUAAUUACCUCUUUAGAGACAAUCUCUCCAAAUAGUCCUAUUCUGGGGAACUGAGGUUUAGAACUUCAACACAUGAAUUUUGGAGGAGUAUAGUUCGGACCAUAACAGUAUCUCAAUUAGUCUUUCUCAUUUAAAAAAAAAAAAACCUUUUGUAAAAUGUGAAAUAUAUAUACAGAAAAGUGUGUAAAAUAUAAAUGUUCAUCUUAGCAAAUUAUUAAAAAGCAUACACCUAUGUGACUACUUUCUAGAUUAAGAAAUAGAACACUGUCAAUAUCCCAGAAAUCUUCCAGAGUUUUUCCCUCCUCUCAUUCUUGAUCUCAGAAGGAAAGAUUUCAAGUAUAGUGUUUGCCUGUAGUACUCUAUCUGGCAAAGUUUUCUUUUAUUCCUGGUUUGCUAAGUGUUUUAGUCAUGAGUAAUUUAUCCUGUUUCAUUCUUAAUUUUGGGGGCCUUCUCUUUUUCUUAAUUUUACUAUGUGUUUAUCAAUUUUUUUUAGUCAUUUCAAAGAAUUAGCUUUUGGUUUUAUUUUUUCUAUUACAAGUUUGUGUCCUAAUUUAUUAUUUUUUUUACUCCUGUUUAUUUUUGUAUUGAAUCCUUUCAGUGGUUCCUUUUCAGGCCUGAGGUAGUUCCUGCUAUGUGCGUACUGAUCCGCGCCUUGCUGAAGACUCAAGGGGGUCUGUUCUCAGACCGGUUCUCUGAUGCAGACUGGAUGUCCUGCAGUUCAGUUGUGACACUGUGUACCCAAGCUAGUACACACCCUCACAAGUUAAGGGCACAGUCCUAUACAAGACAGCCUCCAUGACAGGCACACAUCUUGGGGGCCACCUGUACUUGUGACCGACUGGCUAUAGAUUAGGGGGAUCCCACAACCCUGUCAGGUUGGAUAAUUCACUAGAACGACUUACUGAAAGAAUGCCCUGAAAGCACUAUACUUACAGUUUUAUUAGAAAGGAUAUAGAUGGGGAUCAACCAAAUGAAGAGACACACAGGGUAAAGUCUGUGGGGGAAGAUGCAGAGUUUCUGUGUCCUCUCUUCAUGGAAUCCAGGGAUGUCACUUUCCUGGCACAUCCAUGUGUCACCAACCAGCUACUCUGAGCCUCAAUGUCCAGAGUUUUUACUGGGGUUUCAGUAUGUGGGCAUGACUAGUUAAAUCAUUGGCUGUGUAUUGAACUUAGUGACCACUUUCCUUCCUUCCCCUGCGGUUGGAUGGUUGAAAGUUCCAACCCUCUAAUCAUGUGCCUGGUCUUUCUGAUGACCAUCCCCCACCCAAGCUACCUUGGGGCCCAGCAGAGUCACGUCAGUAGCACCUCCUCACAAAAGACACUACUGUCACUCAGGAAAUUCCUAGGGUAUUCAAAGAAACUGGGGUCGAAGACCUGAUAUCCUUUAUUAUUAUUGCAGGGACCCUCUGCAGAUGUCUGGAGUUCUUUCUCUUUGCAGCUUUCUCUUGCCUCAGUACCCACCCAGAUUCUCAGCUCUAUUUCCACAGGGGCUUUCUGGGCUCUGCCCUCUUCCUUGCCCAUGGCCUGGAACCUGUUAAGGCAGCUUCAUGCAGGAUGCUGUAUUCUCUGCUCCUUUGUGAAUGUCUGUGGCUGAUAACCGGUUAUGCUCACGAUGAUGACUGGAUUGACCCCACAGACAUGCUUAACUAUGAUGCUGCUUCAGGAACAAUGAGAAAAUCUCAGGUAAAAUAUGGUGUAUCAGAGAAAAAAGAAUUCAGUCCUGACUUGUCACAUGCAGAUGAAUUGUCGGAAUGUUAUAGCAAGCUUGAUUCUUUAACUCAUAAGAUCGAUGAGUGUGAAAAGAAGAAGAAGGAAGACUAUGAAAGUCAAAGCAAUCCUGUUUUUAGGAGAUACUUACAUAAGAUUUUGAUUGAAGCCAGAAAGCUCGGACUCCCUGAAGAGAACAAAGAUGAUAUGCAUUAUGAUGCUGAGAUUAUCCUAAAAAGACAAACCUUGUUAGAAAUACAGAAGUUUCUCAGUGGAGAGGAUUGGAAACCAGGAGCCUUGGAUGAUGCACUAAGUGAUAUUUUAAUUAAUUUUAAGUUUCAUGAUUUUGAAACCUGGAAGUGGCGAUUUGAAGACUUCUUUGGAGUGGAUCCAUAUAAUUUGUUGAUGGUGCUUCUGUGUCUGCUCUGUAUCGUGGGAUUAGUAGCUACCGAGCUGUGGACGUAUGUGCAUUGGUACACCCAGUUGAGACGUGUUUUAUUCAUCAGUUUCCUCGUCAGUUUGGGAUGGAAUUGGAUGUAUUUAUAUAAGCUCGCGUUCGCACAGCAUCAGGCCGAGAUUGCCAAGAUGGAGCCGUUAACCAAUGUGUGUGCUGAGAAGAUGGACUGGAUCGGAAGCCUCUGGGAAUUGUUGAGAAGUUCAUGGACCUAUAAGGAUGACCCAUGCCAAAAAUACUAUGAGCUCUUAUUAGUGAACCCUAUUUGGUUGGUCCCACCAACAAAGGCACUGGCGGUUACAUUCACCAACUUUGUCACGGAGCCAUUGAAACACAUUGGAAAAGGAGCUGGUGAAUUUAUUAAAGAGUUCAUGAAGGAGAUUCCCAUAUUACUUCACAUUCCAGUGCUGAUCAUUAUGGCAUUAGCUGUCCUGAGUUUCUGCUAUGGUGCUGGAAGAUCAGUUAAUAUGCUGAGACAUUUAGGUGGUCCUGAGAGAGAGCCACCCCGGGCGCUGGAGCCGGGUGAUAGAGGACGGCUGCAGGAAGUUGAUAGUAGACCCCAUGGUGGAGCAGGACUGGCAGCAAGAGCCCCGAAGUGCUCCGGCCAUGUGAUGUACCGCAGGCAGAGGCGAGCGCGCGGCCCGAGGUGGUGCCCUGUCAUAAAUUACCUGUUCAGGAUACAAAACCCAAAGAGUUUGGUGGAAUCCAGGGGGAAAGCACACCGCCAGAAAGCAGUCCUGAAAGCAGCCUGUCUACUAGGCCUGUCUCUGGCCCAGACUCCUCAGAGAAGGUGGAAGGUUCACCUGCAGAGGAAAAGGCCCAGCUCAGGACUGAUGUCAGAGGCAGCCCAGAGGAAGGCAGCGCGUCCAGCCCAGCCGGCUGUGGAAAGGAUCCGGGUAGUGGCCCCCGGGGCUAGAGGAGCACAGACUCGGAGCACAGCUCAGAGGUCGUCUUUGGGUUUUGGCAAGUACACUCUUCACAACUAUUUGCUCUUCUCUACAAAUACUCUGACAUUUACUACUCUACAGGUGCCAACGUAAACAUUAAUAUUUUAAUUGACCAUCAGAACUAACAAAUACACAUGUAUUUCUGUUUAAUUUUAUCUUUUGUGUGAUUUUUCGUAUUGAUACCUCCUGUGGAGUUUGAGGUGUUAAUUUGGGAACAGGAUCUCACAGAUGAACGUACGGCAAGCCUCACCGAUUUCAAAUAAUUAAGGAGGCCAGUGUGAAUCAGGGGACAUGGAAAAAUAAGUUUUAGGGUUCACACGCAUAUAUAGGAACCAACUAGCCAACGUGCGUGUUGCCUAGUGGACGUCCUGUGAUACCUACUUCAGUUAAUUUGUUAGUUGUGCACUGGAUUCGAUAUGUUUCCAAAAGUGGUAGGUACUCGGAAGCCAUUUUCAGGAAAGUCCACUGUGUAGUCAGCACUUCGGCGUCUUAAUGCAGUCACGGAGCCUGCGUCCCCUUGUCUCCGCGGAGGCUGCCCAGCUCAUCGUGGCUUCGUCGCUGCGAAUCCUGCCUCCGUCACUCAACUCUUCGAGCACUGACUGCUUCCCUGCCACCCCGCUUUACCCUCAGCUAAGACAGAACCGAAGACGGCCAGGAGAAUUUAGUUACCACAACUCGUUCAGUCGGUGAUCUUGGUUUUACAUAGUCGGUAGACGGAGAAUAGCUCUUUCCACCAAAUACAUACUUUACACAUUGGUCGAGUACUUGUUUUUGCUAAACAGCAUAAUUUCUGUAUGUCCCUGGUUAAGUAUAAAAAAAAUGCCAUUGUCAAUUAAGAUUUUUAAAAAUUACCUCAGCCAAGAGGAUGUAAAAUUUAUUGUUAAUAUUAUUUUCUAGUUUAAUACUGCAAACAUCUUUAGUAAUUCAUCAGAAAGGUAGUAGUUCUUUCCAGAAAAUGCAACAGGAUUUUAUUCAGAAAUUUGCAACACAGUAGAUAUGGAACAAACGAACUAAUGCAAGGAUGCCUGCGGUUUGGGCAGAUUUGUGAAGGUCGAUGCAUAUGAAGUCUUCCCUGAGGCCAGACCUGUUCACGCUAGUUGGUAACUAUGCGCCCAGGGUGGUAGCUGUCCUCUGAGCUGUGACUGGAUUCUGAAGAGCAGGGAAGGCCUCAGGUGACAGACCGACUAUGACAGUGGAGUUAAUGCUGUUCAAACUCCUGACUUUUUAUCCAUCCAAAAAUGAAUCUGUAAAAAGUGCAGAAUUUCGUCUUUGUAUUCUUUCAUUACAGAUACUCGUGUGGGGACGCGGUCCACGCCGACAGCUAGCGAGGCCACAUUCCUAAAAGCCUGUUGCAUGAUGACAGCAGCUUAGGGAAGACGCUAAAGCAGACCGAACAGAUCAAGGCCAGUUUAUAACUUCGAGAAACAGACUUGUUUAUUGUCCAGCCCAUAUUUAUCAUUAGAAUCAAGGAUUUUAGCAACAGGCUUUUAGGAAAAUCAGAAUGGAGGUAGACAGCUUUUUAAAAGCUGUGUUUAAAUGGAAUAGAUAAUGUUGAAUGUUUACAGGGUCUAAGAACUACUGUAUACACAAAAUAAACACUUAUUUUUACAUUA